AUGGUAGCCACAGAAGCAUGCCAUUCUAGCAAAUUUGUCGUAUUGUCAUCACUUGUGCAAAGUCCAGAAUACAAUGUCGUUCUUAUUUCACGGAACAUCGAUUUUGAAAACAAUCAGAUAUUGCAUGUGGCAGGUGGUGAACAUACUGGUAUUGUAGUCAAUAAGCUCGCAGAUGAGAAACCAAAUCCCAAAUGUGAUGUAUUGCUGAGUUUCUCAGUUUGGUUGCGAAGUGGCAACAUCAAAAAGCAAGAAAACCGUUGUUUCCGCUUCCGUUUUUAUGACAGUGACCAAAGUGCUGAUAAGCAUGCCAUUGCUCAGCAGUUUUUCCGAGAUCUUAUCAACUCCUUUCCUAGAGAUUAUGUAACAUUUUUGAAGCGCAUUUUGAAGUUGAUGCAAGGUGGAUACGAAAUGCUGCGAGAAAUCGAAAUUGUUAUGCAGUUUGCCAAAGAGAAUGAAACGUAUCAAAUGCCCGAUCCUAAUGAAUAUGGUAAAAUUAUGAGUGUUGCAAAUUCUGGAUCUGAAGUUGAGAAUGUCAGUAUUGCUCAUGUACAAGAAGUGCUAGAGCAAGCAUAUCCAAAUGGUUUAUCUGUUGAUAUUAUUGCGGAUUCUUUACGUUGUACCACAGUGGAAGUUGACGCAUUUCUUCGUGAACUAGAGACACUCGGUGUUGUAAAAGAAUUACAGAAUGAGUGGAUUCGUGUUGGUACCGUCGAGAAUAUUGAAAUGUCUCGACUUCCAACUAGCUUUGGUCCCCGGGAUUAUCCACCUACUGUUGCCAUAAUCACAUGUUUGUUUGUUGAAAAACAGUGCAUUGAUGCAAUUAUUGAUAACAGUACAACAGUUCAUCGAUACCGUUCUGGUGGUGACUCUAAUAUUUAUACUCUUGGAUGGAUUGGAAAACAUCGAGUUGUUGCCACGAAAUUAGCGGUUAUCGGUGAUAGCCGCGAGGCAACAACUUCGGCAGGCUCGAUUACAACUCGUCUUCUGGGUAAUUUUCAGCAUGUUGAACAUGUAUUUAUUGUCGGUGUUGGUGGCGGCGUCGCUCAUUACACAGAUGCCAUGAGGCAUGUACGUCUAGGCGACGUGGUAGUGAGUGCUCCGAAUCCGCAUUCAUAUGUAUUUACGCAUUCAUAUACAGUUGACAGGGCUACAGAACAUGUUGAUGGAUUCCUCGUGCGCAAAUGGGAUCCUCAGGAUCCUAUCAUUAGCCAUAUCGCAAAAAAUAUGCUAGAAGCGAUUGAUCAUUUGGACACAACUAAUAGCGACAUGAACUUCGCAAGACCACCACCUCAAGCGGAUAGAUUAGCUGUACCAGUUGGUGGUGGACAAAUGGUUGUCAUUCCACACCCCAAUUGGGACAGAGUCAACUCCGUAGUUCAUGUGGGUUCAAUCGGAGCAAUGGUUUCCUACAGAAAGCAAACUUCUGUUACUGAGGAGCAAGUGAGUGAAGAUACAAGUAGUGCAGCAGCGCAUUUACGUGACAAAUUUGCUACAGAGCACAAUUUACGAGCAGUGGAUGCUGGUUUCGACUCAGUCAUUGCCGCUGUAAAUGGUUCACGCAUUGAUAGUUGGGCACUUAUUCGUGGUAUUGCUGAUUACCAGCAUGGGCAGAGUCGUGCUGGGCGUAUUUGGCAGGUAAAGUUGCUUAAGUUCAACUCAAUUCUAAAUGGAAGGGGAACACGAUCACUUCGUUGUUAUCAUUCUUUUCUAUUCGCCAUGUCGAUUAAUUUAACUUCACAAUUCUUCAAACUAUUACGGCAGUUUCGACGACAAGAUUUGGUGCUCUUCAGUGAAGAACAUGAUCGUUUGUACAAAGAAGCAAAAGCAAAGUCGGACUUUUCGGCCGUCACAGCUCAUUAUUAUUCAGUUAUGUCCUCAGUUAUCGAUGAAUAUUUCAAUGGGAAUUUUCACUUUGCACCUCCUCGAAAUGAAAAACAGUCUAUGGUAGAUGCUUUGAGAGAACUUCACCAGCAUAUCGCGCAGUGUUUGGAACUUGCCAAAGACAAGAGGUGUGUCGAUAUCGGCUGUGGUAUUGGUGGCAUUAUGCAAGAUUUAGCGGAUACUGGAGCGGAUAUAACUGGUAUCACAAUAGCAAGCAACGAGGUUGUCACUGGGAAUGAACAUUUCAAGGAGAAAAAUAUCAAAAAUUGUCGCAUUGUUCAGGGUAAUUGCUGCUGCUUGCCAUUACUGGACAAUCAAACCGAUUGCGCUUAUGCGGUUUAUGCUUUGAAAUAUCUGCCUGAUUUGGAACCUGCUUUGCUAGAAGUCAGCCGGAUUCUACGUCCCGGUGGAUUGUUUCUUGUUUAUGACCUACUAAAGACCGAUAAAUUCGGGAUUGCUUCUGAAGAAAGCAGAAGUCUUAUUAAAAACUUGGAAUAUGCAUGUGGAAUGCCUUCAUUGCAUACCAGGCAAGCUUUUAAAAACGGAAGGUUAUUUCCAACAUAUAGUCUUUCAAUCACACGGCUCGCCUCUGAUCGAUUGGCUGAUUUCGACCGCACAAGCACUUCAUAUCAUGCCUAA